GAACCCAUCUCCCUAUAUAUUUUAGACUCAUUUCUUCACUUUUACACAUCUAAACAUAAUCUUUUUAAAUCUUCUUGCAUAUUUCACCUUCUCUACAUUUUUUUUGAGAUUUCUUCAUCACCAUGGGUAAAGACAAGAGCAGGGCUGCCACCUCCGGGAAAUCCAAGUCCAAAUCCCGGGCUCCAUCUACGACCCCCGAAGAAUGCCUCUACUACGACGACGGGUCGUACCUCUGGUUCGAUUCCGAGGAGGAGCGCACCCGUUUUCUCACCUUCUUCUCUAAACGGGUUGUGGCUCCACCGCGGAUUGUCCCGGAGCACCUACCGGUGUUGCAGGGCUACGACGACCUCGACGCACUACUUCAUCAAACUGGUAUAUGGCCAUUUGUCUCCCGGGAUCGAAAGGAGAUCAAUCCGGCGCUGAUUCAGGCCUUCUACUCCAACCUCCGGCAUGAGGACGACGUGCUCUACUCUCUUGUCAAGAGCACGCCGAUUGAGCUCACCGUUGAGCAGCUUGGGCGGAUCACCGGCCUCCCCUACCAAGGCGACGACGUCUCCCACUAUGGCGGAGAAGACUGGGUGCUCAACAACGAGGGCCUUAUCCUCAACGAGCUUGGCAUCACCGAGCUCAUCCGGCAUGCCUCGGGCCGCCCCACCAUCCACUCCGCGAACCCCGAAGGUCGUCUCCUCCUCUACAUCGUGUCUCAGAUUAUCAAACCCCAGAAGCAUGGGCACACGAACAUGUCCGGUGAGGACCUCAAGCUCAUACAUGCGAUCAUGCACACGUCCCCGAUCGAUUGGGCAAAGUUUGUCACGAUCACCUCCUCCCGUACUCACAUUGAGACAAAGGGAUACAGUUACACAGAGUGUGAGUCGUGGAAAGGUUUUAUCAGUGCAAACGAUGUUAAAAUUUUUAUAUUCCGCUGCCUAUCCUUGCAUGGUUACCUAUCAAACCUUGCUUCCAUCGCCAACUCCCUCAACCGGCUGCACUUCAAAGUCGGCGGGAUGGAUGGAUACAUUGAACGGCUUGACGAGGCUGUUCAACGCCAAGGGCACGCCAUGAACGCUUACUACCAACGCGUUAACUACGUCCCCCCACCGUACCAUGGCACGUUCUUUGGGCAAGUGUACGCUGAUGAGGACGAAGAUGAUGCCUCCUACGCCUCGUCAAGCUCCCCGGAUGAGGAUGAGUUCGACGACGCCAUUGACGGUGAUGAGAUGGAUGUUGACGACGAUGAGGAUGAAACCGAAGACAAAGACUAGGACGCCCCUAGAAUUUCUAUCUCUUUUCAUUUACUUAUCAUGUUUUUUUAAUGCUUCCGUUGUUCUCCGCCAUUUCCCAUUUCAAUAAAUAAAAGUUAUCUUUUAUCUUUUUGUUAAUGUUAAAAGGGGGAAGAAAAGGGCUAUGCAUAU